AUGGCGGGAGGAGCUUUUGCUGAUCAAGGUCCGGUGAGGCACUACGAGGGAAGGGUGACGGCGUUCGUGCUCGUGACUUGCUUCGUGGCGGCCAUGGGAGGCCUUCUCUUCGGUUACGAUCUUGGGAUCACCGGAGGAGUGACCUCCAUGGAUCCAUUCUUGGAGAAGUUUUUUCCAUCUGUGUAUAAACAAAUGAAGGCUGGCGUGCAUGAGAACACGUAUUGUAAAUUUGAUAAUCAGAUUCUUACGUUGUUCACUUCGUCCUUGUACAUUGCUGCUUUGGUGGCUUCUUUCUUUGCCUCUGCCACCACAAGAUUACUUGGUCGGAAACCUUCCAUGUUUCUUGGUGGUUUGUUUUUCCUUGUUGGUGCUCUCUUAAAUGGUUUUGCACUGAACAUUGCAAUGCUUAUCAUUGGCCGUAUAUUGCUCGGUUUUGGUGUUGGCUACUGUAAUCAAUCUGUUCCGGUGUAUUUAUCUGAAAUGGCUCCGGCAAAAAUCAGAGGUGCACUAAACAUGGGAUUCCAGAUGAUGAUAACAAUUGGUAUUUUGGUUGCAAACCUCAUAAACUAUGGGACAGCUAAGUAUAGACAAGGAUGGAGAAUCUCAUUAGGUUUAGGAGCAGUGCCUGCCUUUUUGUUGUGUUUAGGAUCACUUUUCUUGGGUGACACACCAAACUCCCUAAUAGAAAGAGGUCAACACGAACAAGCCAAGGCAAUGCUAAUAAAGAUCCGAGGAACCGAGAACGUCGACGAGGAGCUUCAGGAUCUGAUCGAUGCGAGCGAAGAAGCCAAGGAAGUUCAUCAUCCAUGGAGAAACAUCACACAACCCAAAUAUAGGCCUCAAAUCACUUUCUGCUGUUUCAUUCCAUUCUUCCAACAAUUAACAGGCAUCAAUGUCAUUAUGUUCUACGCACCAGUUCUUUUCAAGACUCUUGGAUUUGGUUCUCAAGCUUCCUUGAUGUCAGCUGUUAUUACUGGAGUUGUUAAUGCCUUGUCCACGCUAGUUUCUAUACUCACUGUUGAUAAGUUUGGAAGAAGGAUUUUGUUCCUUGAAGGUGGCUUCCAAAUGCUUAUUUGCCAGAUUGCUGUGGGAGUCAUGAUAGGUUUGAAGUUUGGAGUAAGUGGUCAAGGAUCAUUUAGCAAAGUAGAGGCAGAUGUGCUUCUGUUCUUAAUAUGCGCAUAUGUUGCAGCCUAUGCUUGGUCUUGGGGACCCUUAGGUUGGCUAGUUCCUAGUGAAAUAUGCCCUCUCGAGAUCCGAUCGGCCGGCCAAGCCAUCAACGUCGCCGUCAACAUGUUCUUCACUUUCAUCAUUGCUCAGAUCUUUCUUUUCAUGCUUUGCCACAUGAAGUUCGGCCUCUUCUUCUUCUUCGCCGGCUUCGUUGUCAUGAUGACCAUUUUUGUUGCUCUGCUCCUCCCAGAAACAAAGAACGUUCCUAUUGAAGAAAUGCAUCUUAUUUGGAAAACACAUUGGCUUUGGGGCAAGAUUGUUCCUCUCAGUCGCAUGCCUUCACCGAAUGUUGGAUACAAUCGAAAGGCUAUUAAUCUUUGA